AUGGCUGCGACUGCUGCUGCGCGCGUGGCCCACGUGAGCUUCGCGCCGCUAGCGUCGCAUCUGACGCUGCGGUUACGUCUGCACAACGAGCAGAAGACGUUUGUCCGACCUGUGGAUGAGAAGGUCGAGCGCGUGCGCUACCGCCUGCAGCUUAUGGCGUCCACUGUGUCAACAGGACACAAGAAGAACAAGAGGAAGAAGCAGCAGCAGCAAAAGAAGCAUAAACAUGGACCAUCAGGUGGACCAGCGCCUACAGUUUCCGUCAGGUUCUACGAUGGCGAAGGCAACGAAAUCGCUGCGAAAGGCGCGACGGUUGGCGACGCGUUGAUGCGCACUAAGAGACUGGACAUUGGAACAGAGACAUUUGUGGUUCUGCACAACCAGCCGAUCGUGAAGGGACUGAAGGUGCCGGAUCCAUUGAUGGCUGGCAUCGCAGUGAUCCCUUUGGUCGAGACGGAGUUUUGUAGAGUUGACGAAUGUUCGUGGCAGUGGUUUCGUAUCAAUACGAAGAUUGACGACGAGGACGACGAGGAGCAGAGUGAUAGGACGUUGGUGAACAGUGAACGAAGAUACACGCCGACGGAAAACGAUAUUGGCUGUAGGUUUUAUGUAGAGUGUCGUGGACCUGCAGCAGACGCGAGCUUGGAGCUCGCACGAGAUCACAAGGCUGGAAGAGUGACGACGCCCGUGUUGCCUGGACCAAAUCGAGACGUGUUCAAGGACCGAAGACGCAUGGGUGUGGUAGCUGCUGGUGAAAAGUAUCCGGACGUGGCAGACGCGUUUCGAGUCAUGAGCUACAAUGUGCUGUAUGACGGCUAUGCGACUUCGGAACGUGCACAGAAAAACAUGUUUCCGUAUGUCAACGCACGCGUCAUGAAGGAGUCGCGUCGAAUGCAACUGAUCUUGCAGGAAAUUGAAGAGAACAAUAGCGACAUAAUUUGUCUGCAGGAAAUGGGUGAACACGUGUACAAGAGAUUCUUUCAACCGAUGCUGUCGUUGAGUGGCUACCAUGGAUUUUACUCGGACAAAACGGGCACGACAAACGAAGGCUGCGCGACUUUUAUCAGAACGGCCUGCUUCGAAGUGGUUGAGGAAGAUACCGUUGACCUCACUGCGGCGGUCACGACCUCGACAAAUUCCGCCUCACAAGAGCUGCUGCAAGAUUUUCCUGACAUCGCUGCGGGCAUAAAACGGAUUCCGUCGAUUGCUCAGAUUUUUGUCUUGCGUUCCAAGGCGGACCCAGCACGACGUAUCAUUUUAUCGAACACGCAUCUUUUCUACCGGGGAGAUGCACACUUGAUUCGAUUGCUGCAAGGUGCUGCAGUGGUGGAGUGUGUAAGCCAGCGGAAAGCAGUAUCUGGAUAUGGAGAUGCUGCUGUCGUCAUGUGUGGGGACUGGAACGCACACCCUAAAGCACCGUUGGUUGCGUUCCUCUUGGAUGGCCAAAUCGAUUCUACAAACUGUCACUGGCAGGAAGCACCGUCGUUUCGAUGGAAAACACCUCAAAGUGAUGGGUCUGACGCGAAUAGCCGCGUGGAAAGCACUACACAAGUCCGUCCGAAUCGAUUGGUGCACGAUCUUUGCUUAGUAAGUGCGUGUGGAAUCCCAGCAUUCACGAAUUUUGUGAAGUCAUUUGUGGACACUCUGGACUACAUCAUGGUUGGAUCGAAGGCGUUACAAGUUCGUGAUGUGUUCCCAUUUUUCACCGAAGAGGAAGUGAGUCACGAAGUUGCACUGCCAUCGUCUACUUUUCCGUCGGACCACGUAUCUCUUGUAUGCGAUUUAUCAUGGCAAGUAUGA